AUGGCCCUGUUUCAAACUAUCGAGACCCCGUUGGUCAAAUAUGAGCAACCUUUGGGAUUGUUCAUCAACAAUGAAUUCGUUCGCGGGGUUGCAGGUAGAACCUUCCAAACGAUCAACCCUCACAACGAGAAGCCCAUAGUGGCUGUUCAUGAGGGCGACGAGAAGGACGUUGACAUUGCCGUGAAAGCCGCCCGCAAAGCAUUCGAAGGAGAAUGGAAACACGUCACUCCCUCUGAUCGCGGCCGUUUACUCGUCCGUCUGGCGGACUUCCUGGAGCGCGACCUCGAAACAGUAGCUGCAAUUGAAGCGCUUGACAACGGCAAGAGCAUAACUAUGGCCAGAAAUGACGUGACUGCUUCAGCGGGUUGUUUCCGCUACUACGGUGGCUGGGCCGACAAGAUCUAUGGCCAAACUAUCGACACUGACUCUGGUAGCUUGACGUAUACUCGACAUGAACCUGUAGGCGUCUGUGGCCAAAUCAUUCCCUGGAACUUCCCGCUAUUGAUGUUUGCGUGGAAAAUCGGCCCUGCUAUCGCUACAGGCAACACGGUCGUCCUUAAAACCGCAGAGCAGACGCCCUUGUCGGCACUUUAUGUGGCUGCUCUUAUUAAAGAGGCCGGCUUCCCUCCUGGGGUCAUCAAUAUUAUUUCGGGAUUCGGAAAAACAGCUGGUGCGGCAAUUGCCUCUCAUAUGGAUGUUGAUAAAGUCGCCUUCACUGGGUCAACUCUAGUGGGCCGCCAAAUCCUGCGAGAUGCUGCUAAUAGCAACUUGAAGAAGGUGACCCUCGAACUUGGCGGCAAAUCGCCUAAUAUUGUUCUUCCAGACGCGGAUCUAGAAGAGGCAGUUGAAUGGGUCAACCUGGGCAUUUUUUUCAACCACGGGCAGUGCUGCUGCGCAGGUUCCAGAAUUCUUGUCCACGAGGCUAUUUAUGAUAAAUUUCUCGCGCUUUUCAAGAAACGCGCUGAGCAGAACAAAGUCGGCGAUCCCUUCCACGCCGAAACAUUCCAAGGCCCCCAGGUAUCUCAGCUCCAGUAUGACAGGAUCAUGGGCUACAUCGAAGAUGGAAAGAGCUGCGGCGCAAAGGUCAUAACAGGUGGUAACCGACAUGGUAACGAAGGAUAUUACAUCCAACCCACCAUUUUUGCCGACGUGACCGAAAAGAUGGCGAUUGUGAGGGAGGAGAUAUUUGGACCCGUAUGUACAGUACAGAAGGUCCGCAGUGAAGAGGAAGCCAUUGAUCUAGCCAAUAGAACUAACUAUGGUCUUGCCGCGGCUGUUCAUACUACAAAUAUCAACGCCGCUAUCAGAGUAUCCAAUGCAAUCAAAGCCGGAACUGUUUGGGUUAACAAUUACAACACCCUCCACUACCAGAUGCCAUUUGGUGGAUUCAAGGAGUCCGGGUUGGGUCGAGAGCUAGGCGCCUAUGCUCUGGAUAAUUAUACGGAGAUCAAAACAGUCCGUGUGCAUUUCUCCCAGUCUUAA